UCCCCGGAACAGCAAGGAGGAGGAGGGCGUGGUAGAUCCCGUCACAAGCGUGUUGACACUGACGGACCUCAUCGUAGAAGUCGCUCUUUUACCAACUUUAUGGGCAGUGCACUCAGUAUGGGUGCUAUUACAAGCACAAGCACCACCACGACCACCGAGACUUCUACUGCAGCCCCUCGAAGCCGCCGUAGCCGAUCCUCUACUCGGCUAGGACCCAAGAUGCGCCAAUCGCUAGUGGAACAACUGCAGCUGCAACCACCACCACAAGGCAAGCAAGAUGCACUUCCCAGCACUGGCACCAAGCGAACUUGCAGCGUCGGGGUCUUGCCGGAUAUCUACAAGCCUAGCUUUUACUAUGACAGCGAUGAUGAAGACGACGACCUGGUUGUGGCUCCGGAGGAACGAUUGGACGAAUUCUCCAGGCAAGUGCAACAGGAUGUCACCAACAUGACCAUCAACAUUAGCUGCUGGAGCUCACCUCCUCAGGCGGCAUGA